UUGAUAAACUGUAGCGCCAGAUGCUCAAGUGAAGGUCUUAAAAGACGCAGAUUUAUUUGACUUUGUUUAGAAUAAAAGUUAUCAUAAAGCAGGUGGGACUUCUUGCAGCAGGCAGCACAAUCUGCCACAACAGAUUAUGUUUAGUCCUGAUACUUCAACAUAACUCUGGGUCUUUUGUGUUGGUUUCAUGGCUUUCUUCACCAAUAUCACCAUCCUUUUGGUUGUGGCUUGCAUUUCCCAUCAGCUGAUGUUGGGCAGCUGUCAGAAGGGUAAUGGGCGGAGGGGACAAGGUGUGGACAGAGGACAACACAAGGAAAGGUCAGGACUAAAGGCUGGACGCCAACCCAAAACUGUCUCUGCACAGCCCAUUAAGGGAAAACUGGUCACCAAAGAUAAGUCUCAUUGCACGUGGGCUGCGACAGGUGACGAUCUCUUCAUCCUCAGCGUCUCUUGCAAGAAGGGGCACAGGAGCUUCAGCUGUGAAUAUGUUGCCAAACCAUCUCUCUGUCCCCAAUACACUUCUAAUGUCAAACUUUACUGGAAGCAAAUCGCCAGGGCGCUGAAGAAGCAGAGGAAUCUGUGCCAGGACAAUAGUGCACUGAUCAGGGCAGGUAUGUGCAAGAGAGCUGCCAGAGAUGCUCAUUUCAGAUUUCAUAAUGCACAGAGGAAGACGGCCCCGCCUUACCCUCCACCCCCUGCACCCAGACCUGCCAAAUCCUGUCAACCUGGAAACAAGAAGCUGGCAGAGGAGUACUGCGACGACUCCUGGUCGAGCUUUUGCACGUUCUUUUUUACUAUGGUGCAGGAUUAUGAUUGCUGAGGCAGAAAAAAGAGUUGUCACAUCAAUUCUUUGCUUAUUAUAGACUUAAUACAUGCUUGGUGCUUUGGAAAAAGUUUUAUCUAUUCCAAAAAAAUUGUUUUACAUAGAGUGGAAACCUUUGAAGCAAAUAUUCCCAUUGUUAAGAGUGGCUCCGCUCCUCAAUAAAUACUAUUUUUUAAUGUUGCUCUGUGAUUUGUCGAUCUGAGAGAGAGUCACUACAGUGAUGACAAGAGCAAAACAUUAAUGAGACAUUAGCUUUGAAUAAAACUCAUUGUUCCCUCUGUUUAUGUUUAUUGGUGCAAUUUCAUUUUAAGUCAUUUGUUUUCCCAUCGUGAUCAUACUAAAAUGAUAUUUCCUCCUCUUUAAAGACAAGAGCGACCUGGCCUGUCCUUUUAAACAAUUUAGUUUAUAUCAAAGCCUCUUUCUGACUCUGUUCUAAAAUGUGUGCGCACACUCCUACUAAAGGUAUUUGCUGGGAGAUUAGAGUUUGAGCACAUUGGGUAUUGACACAGUAAUUUAACCAGAGGGAGUGUGAUUUUUAGACGCCUUAGCCUGCAUACUUUGGCACUGAGAAACCUCUGAAUCCACAGUGUCAAUGUGAACCACAAAAACCUCACACGUUCUUCUUGUAAAAUCAAAGGGCAGCUGUGAUUUCAGUAUUAUAUUUGGCAUUCAUACCAUGAUCAGUGCAACUUCACACUUCAGAAAGUUUGUCAGUAUUUACAUGUACACUUUGUCAAUACUUUAUCUGAAUAUGGUUAUGUCAAUAAAGCUGCUUGAAUUGAAAUGUUUAUCACUUUCUAUAGAGUGGAAUUCAAAUUACUUCAACAUAUUCAAAGGCAUUUAAUCAGCAAUAAUCUGGUUAUGCUGCAAACUGUUAACAAGCUGUAUAACUGGCAAUAAAAUACUUAUGUGU